AUGACAUUGAGUUGUAAUAACGAUGGCUGUAGCUUGACGAUAAGUCCGAGAUGGAUAACAUUGAUCAGUUUGGUGGAUUCUGAAGUUCCCGACGGUAGGACAGAUUACCAGGUCUUCCAACGAAAAGAUCAGUUAACAGGGAUGAAGUUGACGACUGUUGAGGCUUGAGAAGAGAUUGAGGACUUAGUUGAACGGCAGUGCAUACCUCAAGGAAUGGAACGUUGAAGAGAACGGUGGGUGUGAAUCUGCGAGGUAUCAAAAGGUGAACCCUCGAUAUGAAUCGUCCAAACAAAGACAAGCACCCUACCAUCAAUCGAAGACCGGUCUCAAUGUUUAUAAAAAGCCCAGAAUCGUAUUUGGAAUCCGGUUGCGUUCAUCGAUCACAUUCAGAAUGAUUAUCGUGAGUUUCACUACCUUGUCGUAAACCAAGAAGUAGGUAAAAACAAGACAUACCAGGCCAAUUACUGUGCCAUUUCGUGAAGAAGAGUCUUAAUACCUAUUGGAUUCUGAAGCCAAAUAACGAUGGCUGUAGCAAGAAGAUGGCUACGAGAUGGUUAACAUUGAUCAGUUUGGAUUCUGAAGGCCUUAGGAGAGGGUUGAGGGAUGAUGAAGCGGCUUAAAGCAUUGUUCGAACCACGUUCAAGGCCUAUUGGAUUCUGGAGGCUUCAGUUGAUCUUUUAAGGUCCAGUGAUCACUUCGGAAGAACUUUGGGGCCAUUGAAGAUUCAGAAGCCGAAUAACGAUGUCUGUAGCAAGCAGAUGGCUACGAAAUGGAUAACAUUGAUCAGUUCUGUAGCUCCUGAAAGCCCAACUCAGAUUACAUUGGAUUCUGGAGCAUCAGAAGACGAUUGA